GACAGUUCGUCCUCCUCUGCUAUCAAGAUUACGAAGAAGAAGCGUUUUUUCGAUGGGUAUGCAGACUUGGAGAACACUUCGAGAAAAAGCAUCGUCUUGCCCAACCACGAUGCCACGCUUGACUUUCAGUGGGACUUGGGUGAUGUCAGCCGCGUGACUGUGGACAGGGAACCAGUAACUAUCUACGAACCUCGAGAUCUGGAGCAACAUGGAAUCACGGUGAAUAGUCGCUUGCUCACGAUGAACGGGAUUGACACGAGUAUAUUAACCCGGAAACAAGUGGAAGAACUGCUAAGACAACGACCCCUGACUAUGCGGUUCGCGACUAAGAAGAUCUUGAAGAAGAGUGGGAAUCGCGUACCUGUGGGCGGAUAUGGAGGGUUGAAAGGCGGAGGAGGCAAAAAGGGGAAAGGAAAGAAAGCUUCUUGGGGUGAGCAGGAAGUUCAAGCUUCGACUUCUAGUAACAAUGCUCCUGGUGCUCCGACACCGAGAGCUGGACAUGACAAUGGUAGUACUACAACAGGUGCAUCGUCACAACUGAAGAACGAAAUGAGCUUAUCGACCCAGCUUGCACCGGAGAAAAAAUGUGCUUGGGCAGGUCUGAGUGAAGGAGAUGAUAUGCGCGAAGCACGAAGACGAAGAUUCGAAGCUGAAAACGCAAGUAAAUCAGGAGGACCUGUCGCAGAUCUAUCUGGAGGUGCUGAUGCUAAGAGGCAGAAAACCGAUGCAGCUGGUCCUAGAAGUACUGGGAACCAAGUCCACAGUGGAGGCCAACAACAAGCACAGGAACAAGAAGUAGACGGAGACGAUGAAGAGCUCUCUGACGAAGAAGAAGUAGUGACGAUUGGACCAGUGUCAGGGAAGAGCAUAAACCUCGAAAAAAGUUACCUUCGUCUCACCUCUGAGGCAAAAGCCUCCGACGUCAGGCCUCUCGAAGUGUUGAAGCAGGCCUUUUCACGUCUCCAAGUAGGUGAGGACACAGCCAAUAAAAGUUGGAACUAUGUGUCAGAUCAACUUCGUGCCAUCCGACAGGACCUGUUGGUUCAGAACCUUAACAACAGCGACUUUGCCGUCCAAGUGUACUCGGCGAAUGCGAUAUGGGCUUUGCACUACAAAGAUCUCGGACAAUUUCACCAGUGUGCAAUGCAGUUGAAAAGCAUUUAUAAGACACGGAACAAGCAGCAGGAAAAGAUGAAUAAGCGUUCUAGUAAUUAUACCAAGAAUCAAGAUCAACUAGAACUAGACGCUGAAGCAGACGAACAGCAGAAGGAGUUUCGCAUUUUGCGUGGUGUCUACAACGUCUUCAUGGGCUUAGACCACAUCGAAUCCGACCGUCUACACCCUGUAGAAGACAAAGGCAUCCUGCUUUUAGUAGACGCUUUUCGCUGCAAGCUAUUUCCCAAGUUUUUCCGCUUACGAAAGAAGACCCGCGGCCCCUUAGCAGAUUUGUGCAGUUGUUUCGACAAUUUGUUCCGGUGCGAAGCGAUCUUGAGGUAUCUCCAAUGUUUGAAGAUCGAAAAACCAAAUUUGGAAGUGAUCAGUUGGUUUUUGGGUGAAGAAGAGGAAGAGAUUGACAGAUUCUUCAGAGAAACGGCACUAAUAAAGAAUUGGACAUCAAUAGCGAAGCCGUCAGAACUAGCGGAGAAGUUGAGAAACAGUGUGGCUAUGAACAUCAGGCAUCAGAUGAAAUAGCUUUCGGAUGCUCCUCACGAAAUGGAGGAGGUAAUUUUAAUACUGGCAUCCCCAGAAGAAUCCAUUGCUCCUGUCACAUAAUCGUCAUAGCCCACCCAACGCCUCGUUUUCCCAUAAUAUGCGCGCUUCAAGUAUCGACAUUAUAGCUAAAAAGUAGGUGCUCAUGACGCAUCCGGGUUCUAGAAGAUGG